CCCAACUAGCCCCCGAGGGCGUCUGCUACUCUUCUCCUGUCAUAUACGAUUUUCUCUCCCCUGGGCGGCGGCGAAGGGAAGGGAAGAGAGGGGAGCGACGGCGGGAUGGCGAGCGUGUACAUACCGGUGCAGGGGACGGAGGAGGAGGUGCGGGUGGCGCUGGACCACCUCCCCGCCGACGCCUCCGACAUCCUCGACAUCCUCAAGGCCGAGCAAGCUCCGCUCCACCUCUGGCUCAUCAUCGCGAGAGAAUACUUCAAGCAAGGGAAGCUCGAACAGUUCCGGCAGAUUUUAGAGGAAGGAUCUGGCCCAGAAAUCGAUGAUUAUUAUGCUGAUGUGAAGUAUGAGCGGAUAGCUAUCCUUAAUGCUUUGGGUGCUUUUCAUACUUUCUUGGGAAAGGCUGAGAAAGCACCACAGAAGGAAGUGCAUUUCAAAGAUGCGACUCAGUACUACAAUAGGGCGUCGAGGAUAGAUGAAACUGAACCUUCUACCUGGAUUGGAAGAGGUCAACUCUGCGUGGCCAAGGGUGAGUUGCAAAUGGCAUCUGACUCAUUCAAGAUUGUUUUGGAUGAGGAUGGGGAUAAUUUCCCAGCCCUUCUUGGUCAGGCUUCUGUUUAUUUCCUGAUGGGUGAUACGGAACAACAACACAAGAAAGCUUUGGAAUGUUAUAAGAACUCACUAGAACUCUAUAAGAGAGCUCUGCGGGGAUAUGCAGAUUGUCCUGCUGCUGUAAGGCUUGGUAUAGCUUUUUGUCGAUACAAACUUGGUCAGCUAGACAGGGCCCGACAAGCUUUUGAUAGAGUCUUACAGUUGGACCCUGAAAACUUUGAUGCGCUAGUAGCACUUGCGAUCAUGGAUUUGCAAACAAAUGAAGCUGGUGAAAUUCGCAGUGGGAUGGAGAAAAUGAGAAGAGCCUUUGAAAUUUAUCCUUAUUGCACUUUGGCACUCAACCACCUGGCCAACCAUUAUUUCUUUACUGGCCAGCAUUUUGUGGUUGAGCAACUGAGUGAGACUGCUCUGUCUUCAAGCAGUCAUGGACUACUGAAAUCACAAUCCUACUAUAACUUAGCCAGAUCAUACCAUAGUAAGGGUGAUUUUGAGACUGCUGGACGGUAUUAUAUGGCAUCUGUCAAAGAAGUCAAUAAACCGCAAGACUUUGUGUUGCCAUUUGUUGGCCUUGGUCAAAUACAAUUAAAAUUCGGUGACUUCAAACGUUCCUUAGCUAGCUUCGAGAAAGUGCUGGAGGUACACCCCGAAAAUUGUGAAAGUUUGAAGGCUAUUGGGAACAUCUAUGCAAACUUGGGUGAGAAUGACAAAGCCAUAGAAACCUUUAAGAAGGUUACACGGAUUGAUCCAAAAGAUCACCAGGUAGUCAUUCGUCUCUUUCUCCUUUUUAGUGAAUAAUUUGUAAACCAUAAAUUCAUU